AUGAGUUGGAUAAACGACGGCGCUGUUCCCUCUCACAAUGGCAACGGCUUUGCGAUCGCCGACCCGGCUGCUGUUGCCGGCGUCAUGAUGGACCCUUCGGCCUUUAUGGGAAAUCCCGCCCAAUUCAACCCGCAGUUCGCGAACCCCCAGCAACUCGCCAUGCAGAAUACCCCGAUGCGCAAUGCCUCGCCGUCCUUUCCGAACGCGAUGUAUCAGACCAACUCAGUCAUCCCAUCGAAACGGGCUCGUCCCAGAGAAGAUAGCAUCGGACAGUCACCGCGACAGGCACCCGGCAUGCUGCCAACCUCACGCGCCGAGACACCCCAGCAGUCGCCGUUCCCGGGCUAUCAACCACCAGGCAUGGCGCAACAACAAGGUGGCCAGCCGUCCCCAUACCCUCAUCUUCAGCAAAACGGCUCGGCCAAUGCUACUCCGUCUCCCAUAAUGAGCAACCAGAUGCGGCCAGGCAGUGUGCCACAGAGGGUGUCGACCGCAUCUCCCCAUCCAUUCUCGCCUGCCGCGCAACAAUUCCCACAGACGUCGCCGGUUCCAUCUGAGCACGGAGGAAACCCACAGGCUUUUAUGCAACAGAAUGCUUUUCCACAAGGCUUUAAUCCUCAAUUCACGGCCCAAUCUCCUGCGAGGCCGUCGCCGUCGCCCAAUCCCAUGGGAAACCCCAUGAUGGCUCAGCACAUGACCCAGAUGCAAGGUCAGCUUCCCCAGCAAAUACAACAGAUGCCUCAGCAAAUGCAAAAUCCAAUGGCGGGUCAGAUGCAAAACAUGAUGCUGCAGCAACAGAUGGGCCAAGGGCGCGGCGCAAUGGAUCCCCAAAAACAGCAGCAACUUCUGUAUCAAAUGCAGAUGCAGCAGCAGCGGUCACUACAACAGCAAAUCAAUGCUCAGAACAUGAUGCAAAUUGCUCCAAACGCAAACUUGACACCGGCUCAAAUCCAAGCCCAAGCUCACGUCCAGGCUCAAGUUCAGCACCAAGCUCAGCAGAGGAAUAUGAUGGCCGGCAGACCAGGUGUUCCGAACGGACAAAUGCCACCAGGAGGAAUGAGGCCCCAACAAGGCAUACCGGCACAACAGUUUUUGAGGCAGGUUCCUCCAGCCCAGUUUCUAAAUCAACUCCGCGCCUUUUUUGCCUCGAGCGGUCAGGUGAUGGACCAAACGCUUCCCACCAUUGGGAACCAGCCUAUCGAUCUACAAGCUUUGUUCCACGCAGUCAUGAAAUUUGGAGGAUACCGCGCCGUCACACAAUCAAAUGGUUGGGUCCAGGUAUCCAUGGCCCUGAAUAUACACCCGCAGCAAGUACCGGCGGCACCCUCCCACUUCAAAGCAAUCUACGAGCGGUGGCUGUUCAAGUAUGAGGAAAUGGUCAAGAUGCGCAUGCAGCAGGGAGGGAUGCAGAAGGCUCCGCAGAUGGCCCCAGGAACGCCUACUAAGAUUAUGCCUCCUGGCCAGAUGCCGGGGCAGAUGAUGCAGCCCGGUCAGCCAUCACCACUCCAGCAAGGUCCGAUGCCGUCGCCAGCCAAGCCUCCGGGUGGACAGCAAGCCGGCAUGAACGGUUUCCCGGUUCACGGUCAACAGCCCAUGAUGCCCAGCCAGACCCACCAACAGCGCCACAGCUUGUCCAGAAGCAUACAGGCCACGCCCACGAAUGAGGACUUUUCUAUGCAGUCUCCUGCCCAAGGAAAACCUGGCAGCAUGUCUGUCCCCGGCUCGGCGCAGGCAGAAAAUCAGGGAAUGGCUGAGGAAUUGGCGGGCACCGCCAAGUUUGCCGCCCCCUUUGCCACGAAUCCCGAGGAGUACAUGCCGUCUUCUCGGGAACACAUAUCAUAUGGAGGAGUUGACGGUAGCCUGAUGAAGGUUGGCGAGCAGCUCCAAAACGCCAGGAUCGACCUGCCAGCUGCCUAUGAACUCGGGAAUGUCGAUCUCCAUGCCAUCACCAAGAGUCUCCAAAGCGGCAUUCAUGGCGAAGUUCGGCUUGCCCUCGAUGUCCUUGCAAGGAUUACGGCCAGUGACUUCCACUCUUUCGCGCCGACCAACACUAUCCCGAUCCCUCAAAUUGAACUCAAGUUCUGCCCCGAGCUGGUAGAGGCGCUGGUGGACUGCGCAGAAGAGCAGAUCGAGCUACUCGCCGAAAGUUCGGAGGAGGCGUCCAACGAGAUUGUUAUUUCGCCCUAUGAGGAUAUUGUCCGGGCUUGUCGCAUCGAUAGGCUUGCCGUCAAGAGCAUCCCGGUCCAUGGUUCCUCGGAGUAUGACCUUGAGCGUGCGGCUGACAGGCUCAUAUGCAUCACAACUAUCUUCCGCAACAUGUCCUGGCGCGAUGAUAACCAUCCGGCUCUCGCCGAUGAAGCCGUCAUCAAGUUGUUGUGCGUGGUCAUUAGAUACAUGGGAACACGCGAAAUGCUGCUUCGGAGCAACACAAACACAUUGGAUAUCAUGAAGGAUCUGGUCACACUACUCAGCAACAUUGCUGGUGCGAUUGAAAUACCAGGGCGAGAACAGGCCUUUUGCUUGUUGCAAUUUCUGCUCGCCUUUGCACCCAAUCCACCCCCGACGAUGGUGAACGGCAAGCUGUACUUUUCAGUCUACGACCCUCGGUCGCACCCCUAUCUCCCACACGCCGUUGAUUCGCUGACCAAACUACUCGCGCGGGACGAACCGAAUCGGACACACUACACGGCCAUCUUCACGAAUGAGUCUAUGCUCAACACGUCUCCGCCCUGCGAACUGCUCACCAGAGCCUUUGCGCUUGCUAUCGCCCCUAUUCCCGACUGCACCAAGGAACCUCGCCACCCGUUGCCCCCGCUCGUCGAGGUUCGGAAACCCAUCAUCAUGCAAGGUCUCCUCGCUGCCGACAUUAUGGCAGGGCUGGCGCCGGAGUUUGACAGCGGAGUGGCGCGAUCAUGGCUGGCCUCGGGCAAUGGGUUUGCGCAGAACUUGUAUGCGCUCGUCCGGCAAAUCAGCAGUCUGUACGAAAGCCAGGUUAUGAAGCCAGGGCGUGGCCCGCCAAAGCGAGAUGCCGAGCUCGUCUACAUCUCGUCGGUCGGCAUCAACUUGAUCAGGAGGUUGUGCGAGAAGGCUAGGGACCCCCACCGCCCAGCAGGUGAGAGCGGUAUUCCGCCCGAGAUCCUGCCGGCGAGGGAAAGUGUCUUGCAGGCUCUGCAGAUGCAUGCCAGGGAAUGGACCGUGGAAGGGAUGUUGACUGACUUGGUCGCGUAUGCCCGCCUGGUCCGCUGA